AUGCCAGAGCUGAAAACACCUUUGCCCACAUUUGGUCCAUCAGACAAGGAUGCAGAACAUGAGCCUGAACUUGGCGAUACGUUGACACCCAAUGUAGAGCCACAAGUCAACCUUAUGUCUGAGCCUCUACAGGACCCCUUGGCAGCGACGACACCAGCAGGCUUCAGUGGGCUCAAAUUCAAGAGGUGGGAUGAAGGCUCUCUGACCCCCAUGAGUUCGGAUGAAGAAGACGAGCAAGCAUUGCAUGGGGAAGAACACAGCACCUCAGCAUCCCAGCAUCAGAUCAAGGCCAGGUCGUUUGUCGUGACUCUGUCAGAAUCAGAGUGCCAAGAGCACUUUGCGAAGCUCAAGGAGGAUAAAGCUUUGGCCAAGCAAUGGCACCUAAGGCUGUUGGGCUCCUCUCUUCCCUGGAUGGACACAAACAAUGUCACAGAAAGUAUGAAGCGGAAAGUGGAGAGCUCCCCCUCUGGGCCGACACCAAAAGCUCCAAGGUUGAAUCCUGUAUGCUAUGAGUGUGCAGAUGAGCCUCUGCUGUUUCCCAACUACUAUGUGGCAUUAGUAGAUCAGACAAUCAACCUUAGCGUCCUUGGCCUAAAGUCAACUUUUCAAGAUGACAAGGAGACAGUUUUGGGAUGGCAAGCUUGUGCUUGUGGCAGCCUGACCUGCUGGCAUGGUAAAAGCAUCAACAAUUGGGAAUGUAUGGUGGCUCAUGUGAGCACCUCACAGCUUGCUGCAGGAGGGGUGUCCUUGCAGGCUCUGCUUCGAACCAAACAAGUUUUUGUAACCAGCAUGGAAGGAAGCAGUCUCUGGGAGUGGGACAUAGAUUCCAUGAAAAAGAUCGGCAAUGUAGAUGUGCCCCAGGAAGUACAAGACCAUUCUACCAGGAGCAAGAAAGACAUGGAGCUUCACAUUGAAUGUUCACUUUGUUCUGUUCUUGAGCAGAGGGAUCAAGGGAGCAAGGGUCUGGUGCUUAAUGCACUCUACUUGCCAAGAGCAGAGAGGUCACUGGUUGAGACACCGCAUGCAGAGCCAGUCAUGAGUCAAUCCAUUGCAUUUGAUCAAACUAGGGAAGUGCCCACUGACAUCUUUGACAACCACUAUCCCAAGGAUGCCACAUGCUUCACCUUGGCCUCCACCAUGGCAACUUUUAGUUAUAUCCAUCAUGAUGGCAUAGGUGUGGGAACUGUCAUCCAAGUACUGACAGGCAAAAAGAUAUGGUUUUUCUUUCAUAGGGUGGCGUGUCAUAUUCAGGACACACAUGUGGACGAGUUCAUGGAUGAUUGGGUGCCAGGGUUCAUACCUGACCCUACUGAGUGGGAGGCAGAAGUUGUGGUCUUGGAGCCUGGCACAGUCCUCCAAGUGAUAUGUGGCCCAACAGGCCAGCAAGGUUCAGAUGUUCACAUACCUGACAUUAGUACCCAACUAGGAUUACUGGAUGUCGUUGCUUUGGGUAAUUUUUGCAUCUUUGCAUUGGCUUUGAAUGGUGAGCAUAAGAAACCAACCAAGGAUGGGAUGCACCUUGCUAUUACCUCGUACAAGGAUAUAAUUCGCUUUGCCACCUGUCACUUUAUUCUUUAUGGUCCUGAUGGCAUCCUCAAGAUGCCAUAUGGCUUGGCGAGGCAGUCAGCUUUGCAUUUUGGAUGA